CGUUAGAUAUAACCUUAAACUGAACUUGGAAACAAAUGUAAACACAAAAAAUAUCCCUGAAAAGUACCUAUCACCAGAUUAGAAUAUAAUUCUGUGGAGUUGUCUAAUUUUAAGUGUUUCUACAUAAAAAAAACUUUUUAAUAUUGAUACACUCACAUAAGUGUAACUUUCAUAUUAACAUCUCUUAAAAUUUCCUUUAAAAAUGUCUCUAAAAGAUUUAAAAUAUACUCUCAAUAAUGGUAAUAAGCUAUUUGCUGUUGGAUUAGGAACAUGGUUGUUGAAAGGAGAUAGUUUAUUGAAAGCAAUGGAUAUUGCAUUGGAAGCUGGAUAUCGCCUCUUUGACACAGCUGCUAUGUAUGGUAAUGAGAAAGAUCUGGGAGAAGCAUUGAAAAAACUGCUGCCAAAACAUAAUUUAAAAAGGGAAGAUGUUUUCAUUACAACAAAAUUAUAUCCAUCCGAACAAGGAGAUAAGGCAUUCAAUGCCAUUAAAGAAUCCUUGGAUAAAUUAGAUUGUCAAUAUAUUGACUUGUAUUUGAUUCACUGGCCUGGCACUUAUGGGGUCAGUUCUAAUAGUAAAGAAAACACAGUUUUAAGAGAUUUGAGUUGGCAACACAUGGUGAAAGCUGUAAAUUUAGGUCUAAUAAAGAAUAUUGGCGUCUCUAAUUAUACGACUAAACAUUUAAAAGAAUUGUUGAAUAACAAUCAUGGCAUAAAACCAGUUGUGAACCAAAUUGAAUGGCACCCUUAUUGCCAUCAGAAAAUAUUGUAUGACUUCUGUAAAACUGAAAAUAUACAAUUGCAAGCAUAUCAAUCACUUGGUGGUGAAGGUAAUAAUGAUCUUUUGGAAAACAAAGUUAUCAAAGAUAUUGCAGCAAAAUUGGGAAAAACUACAGGGCAAUUACUCCUACGUUGGUCUAUCCAACAAAACAUUGCCAUUAUUCCAAAGUCAAAGACAAAAGAAAGGAUAAUCGGAAAUAUGGAAUUAGAUUUCAAUAUUCCUGAAGAAGACAUGAAAAUUUUAUUUAGUUUUAAGCAACAUAAGUAUGAUUGGGACCCAGAAACCAUAUUUUUCUUUUGCUUCCUAUUCCCUUUAACCAUGAUAAAAACUUGGGUUUAUUUAGUCCCCCUCUUUUUGUUCACGUUUGAUGUAACGUUUUCAGAAAAGAAUCAGUUAGCAAAAGAUAUGAAGUUUACUCUGCAUAGUGGUGAUUUAAUGCCCAUGGUCGGAUUUGGAACUUACCUUAUUCGUGGAGACGAUUUGAUAAAAACAACGUUGGAUUACGCGUUGGGUGCUGGGUAUAGACUGAUAGAUAGUGCCGCUGUUUACGGUAACGAAGAAUCUAUUGGUAAAGCAUUAAAAGAAUUGUUACCCAAGUACAAUUUGACUCGUAAAGAUAUUUUUAUUACAACGAAAUUAGCUCCUAGUGAUCAAGGAGAAAAAGCUUACAGUGCCCUCCAAAAAUCUCUUAAUAAUUUAGAUUGUGAAUAUCUCGAUUUAUACCUCAUCCACUGGCCAGGGGCGCAAGGUAUUAAAAGUGAAGGAAAAAAUAAUUCUGUACUUAGAGAUGAAAGCUGGCAACAAAUGGUUAAAGGAGUGAAAAACGGAUUAGUGAGAAAUAUUGGAGUUUCAAAUUAUAAUGUUAAUCAUAUGAAACAGUUGCUGAAUAAUAAUCAUGGUAUUAAACCAGCAGUAAAUCAGGUUGAAUGGCAUCCUCAUUACCAUCAAGACGACUUACAAGAGUUAUUGAAAAAAGAAGGAAUUUUGCUUCAAACUUAUUCGUCUUUGGGAGGUAAUGAUAAUAAUCAACAUUUAUUAACGGAUCCAGAGGUUAUAAAGAUUGCCACCAAAUUAGGAAAAAGUCCUGCUCAGGUUUUACUGCGCUGGGCUCUACAACAGAAUCUCGCCGUCAUUCCUAAAGCUCGUUCUAAGAAACACAUUGAAGAAAACUUUGAUCUCGACUUUACUAUUCCAGAGGAAGAUAUGAAGAUUUUAAGCAAUUUCAGUCAAUUGAAAUAUGCUUGGGAUCCGGAUACAAUUGCUUGA